AUGCAUGUUCGUGAAGCAACGGAAUUAGAUUUAAUCCAUGCAAAAAAAGAAGAUAUCAAUAGAACUAUACAAGUGUUCUAUCAAAAUUCAACUAAAAUUCCACAUCAUCAUGUCUAUGAAACAAAUCUCAUGAACACAGAAGAUCUUGAUAAUAUUGAUGUAUGUGAAACAAUUUUCCCAUCAGCAUCAGCAUCACAUAAAUGCAAUCAAGAUAUGAUGCAUUCACUGAACAAUCCUACUACUACGCCUGCUACACCUAAUGUCAAUACUACUAAUAACAAUAAUAUAAGUAGUAGUGGUAGUGGUAAUAGUACAAAUAAUACAGCUAAUUCAACUAUUCAUUGGAUGAAUCAUCAUUUUCAAUUAAUGAAUUUUCAUUUAGGCAAUGUAUUAUGUGAUGUUUGUCAUAAGAAUUGUUCAGAUUUAUUAAAUCCACCAAAAGCUUUAGAAUGUUUACAUUGUCGUAUGCGUAUUCAUUUUGAUCAUGUGGAUAAACAUGAAAAAUUCGCUUCAUGUCAUAAUGCCACGAAUGUACGUUAUUUACGUAUGUCCAAUUCAGCGACACGUAAAAUAUGGAUUGAACAAUUUAUGACAUUACGUCAUUGUUUAAAAGAAUUACAACAAACACCGGAACAAAGCAGCGCAUUGAUUGAUGUUGCCGGUGGUGGUUUGAUGAACAGUGUAGAUCAUCAUACUGGCGGUAAUAUUGUACAUAUGAAUUCGAAUAAAUCUUUAUAUCGUAGUAUGCGUGCUGGUUCUUUAGGUCCUGCUUAUUUGCCUAAUACGAAUCCUACUACUACUACCACUACUACUGUUCCCAGUUUUCCAAAUCCAAAAACCGAUUUUCAAUAUUCAUUUCGACGUAAAUUUGUUGGACCAACAACUGUUGUGAUUUGUGGCAAUAGUGGUGGUACUGGUGCGGCUGCUGCUGGUACUGGUAAUGUAAAUAUGUCCGCUGGUGCAGCUGCUUUAGCAUCAGCACGAUCUAGUAAAUCAUCGCGUUCUUUAUCACCAGCACUUGUAUUCCCAAAAAUUGAUGAUCAAUAG